CUCAACCACCUCGUGUCUCAACUCCAGGUGUCUUUGUGUGCACUUUAUUCGGGUCUCAUCAGGUGCUUUUCUCUGCUGUCCUGGCCCCGAGCCCUUGUCCCUGGCCCACGGCCCCCCAACUCCUGUGGGACACCCUCCUCCUGCCCCGCACUCUCCAACUAGAAUCACUGACUUCUUUCGCGGCAGAGCAGGUGUCCCCAGCUCCAUGAGCUCUCUAGGGGAUCAGGUACGGGACUGGCAUCAGGGCGUGCUGGCCGUGGCAAGCAAAGACUGGGAUCGCGCCCUGUGCCUCUUCUCAGAUGUCCAGGAGCCGCGGGCCAAGAUGUACUUCAACAUGGGCUGCGUGCGACUGAUGGCGGGGGAUCCCGAGGCUGCGUUGCGGGCAUUUGACCAAGCAGUGACCAAGGACCCCUGCAUGGCUGUUGGUUUCUUCCAGCGGGGAGUGGCCAAUUUCCAGCUGGAGAGGUUCCAGGAGGCUGUGUCUGACUUCCAGAUGGCCCUGGCACAGCUGAGAGGCAAUGCUGCCAUUGACUACACUCAACUGGGUCUGUACUUCAAACUGCAUGCCUGGGAGGUCCUGUACAACACGGCAUCAACACAGUGCCAGGCAGGGCUCUGGACCAAGGCUGCCGAUACUCUAGAGGAGGCAAUCUCCAAAUGGCCAGAGGGCGCCCAAGAUAUCCUGGACACUGCCCUGGACCAAGUACGGAAACAGGUACCCCUGCAGCUUCGGCAAGUCCCCAAGGGUGAGGUCUUCCAGCCUCCCAGGCAAUACCUACAGCAUCUGGAGCCCAUGGAUUUCCUCGGCAAGGCUAAGGUGGUGACUUCUGUUAUUCCUGACAACCGCACCUCAGACGGCUGGCCUCAGAAGGGACCUGACGGGGAUUGUCAACAGAAGGAUGGAGCCUCUGUUGGACAUACAGUGAUCACAAGACAGCCUGGGGCAAGACAGGGGUCACAGAUGGAGCAAGUUGCCCAUCAGUCUUCUGCAUCUAUGGGUGGUCACAUGAGCCGUGCUCAAGGCUAUAGCUUGAUGGCAUCCAGAGGGCCUGACCCAGGCCCCCCUGAAGACUCCUCAGAAGCUGGGGGAGCAGCUACUGAGGACCCUGAAUCCCUGGUGACUGUCACUGUACAGUGCCACCUUACUGUGCCCCUGAAGGCCCCAAGAGGUACUGACCUGUCCAGCCUUCGAACACUGCUGGCUCAAGCCCUCCUUCACCAGGCCCAGAGGGGGCAGCUCAGUUACCAGGCCCCACGAGAGAAGUUCUGGACCCCAAUCUCCACGGAGGACUCACUGCAGAGUGCAUGGAGGAAUGUGGCCGUGGGCUCACGAGGGUUGCAUCUCCAGUGCCGGGGGGCCUGGGGCCGACCAGUCCUCUACCAGGUAGUGGCUCGGCACAGUUACACAGCCCGAAGGCCUGAGGAUUUGGACUUCCGCCAGGGGGACACAGUGGAUGUUCUGUGUGAAGUGGACGAAGCAUGGUUGGAGGGACACCGAGACGGCUGUAUCGGCAUUUUCCCCAAGUGCUUUGUGGUCCCAGCUGGUGCCUGUGUGGAAGCCCGAGCUGUUCCAGGACCCAAGCCAGGAGACCUGCACUAGCAACAUUGUGA